GUAUCAUGGAUUCUGAAGGCGACCCACACAAUCCGUGGCAACCACAACCGCCACGAGAGAUCCGCCCAAAACCAAGUCCCAGACAGCUCUUGCCUGUCUCGGGCACCUUUCCAGACCCUCCAGUCAGUGGCCCUCACUUCACGGGGAAUUCUCAGCCAGGCAUUCCAGCUUUUUCGUCUGGGCCACCAUACCUACCUCACCAAUAUCAGGGUCAGCAACCAUAUCAAAGUCCUUAUGCUUUCGUGCAGCCACAGUACCCAUCACCUCCACUUCCACUUCCACCACUGCAUCAACCCCAGCAAUCGCAACCGCAACCCCAACCGCCACUACCACCACAGCAGAUUCAGCAACCACCCAUUGAUCCACCAAAACAAAAACGACCGCGAAAACCCAGAGUUUCUAAGAAGAAGCAGCAGCAGCAGCAGCAGCAAGAACCAGAUCAACGACUGCCGUAUGUAAGUCCAUAUGCUAAUAUACCUCGACAACAACAACAACAUCCGGGUUAUUUUCCAGGCAUAUCACUGCACGAACAAAAUCAUCCCAUUUCUUUUUCCAGCAUUCAACAACAACCGGAGCCAUACUCUAGCUCUUUUACCAGUAUACAACAGCAUCAGGCCCGACAUCCACACGUACAACCAGCUGCAAGCACCUCCUAUGAAGAGAGCUUGCACAAUGUGUUCCUUGUGAAUGAUCCUGUCGUACAUGAGGGUUUCAUUCCGGCCCCUGGACGGGAGAAUGAAGAUGAGCAACUACUGUUGGAGGACUCGUACUUCAACAAAGGGUUCGAGUCUUCUAGCGAGGACGACAGCGAAGAAGAGCGUAUGCUUCAGGUAGUAGAAGAGAACAUUGACAAUGUGGAAGUCGACGAGGAUUAUUCUGUCUCGGACGGUGAGCUCGAGGAGGACCCCGACGAACUACUUCUCGAAGAGGGAUUUGACGACGAGGAGCGGGAAGUGCCAGUACCGAAGCGUGGCAGACCCCCGAAGGCGGCUCCUACUCGCGGUCGGCCACGCGGUCGGCCUUCCACGCGAGGUCGAGGGGGUUUCCGUGGUACAGCCGCCCCGCGGAAACGGAAAACAGGCGUACGCGGGAGAAAAAAGGGUGUGAGAGGUCCUCAAGCCGUCGCUGAUCCUGGCCCAGAAUUCAAUCGACUACAAAAACUUGCCAACGAAGCAUAUACAUCGCAAGAUUUCAAGCUAGCAAUCGACUAUGCUUCACAGGCAAUCCAGAUCAAUCCUGAGAUUUUCAUGGCGUACAACAUUCUCUCCGAGGCGUAUGCAGGAUUAGGCGAUGAGCCAGCUUCCAUUGAAAACCUGAUACUGGGUGCUUAUACCAAGCGCGAGCCCGAUCUCUGGUGGAGUAUUAUAUAUCGGAUUGAAAACAUCGAUGCGAGGAAAUACCCGCAGUACACGGACGCAUUUAAGAAGGAAUGGUGUGUCAACUGUCUGCGAUCAAUCAUCCGGCUCGAUCCAAACACUUACGAUGCUCGCAUCCGCAAACUCGAAUUGGAAGCAGAGAGAGGCAAAAUUUCCAGAUGCGUGAGGCUCUGUCAAAAACUGUUGAAAAUGGAAGGACACGAACAUAAUUACGACAUAUUGAAGCAGAUGGCUGUACUAGGAACUUCCUCACCAAAGCAGACUCGGAUCCAUCUGGAUAAGAUCACCAAGUGUUUCGAGGAGUCCAUAGCUCACUUUGUGGAGACAGACGACGACGAGACUUUGGACUGGAAUCUGCUGAAUAUCUAUCUAGAUCUCCUUGACCGCAAAGGAGAUCACGACCACGCUCUGACCCAGCUCAAAACGUUGUGUCGAUGGAAACAAGGAAGAGCGAGUGAAGAUUUUUGGGACAACGAGCAAGACGACCGAGAGUUUGACGUAGAAGAUAUUCCCAGGCGGAUCAACGUGCCCCAAUUCAAGAGAAACUCCAGUACAGUGGACUAUGGUGCCAACCUGCCAAUGGAAAUCAGGGUGAAAAUGGGACUGUUUCGAUUGCGACAGAAACCGUCCAACUAUGAGGAAGCAAUGUACCAUCUGAAUAUGCUGGAGCCAGAGGAUGAAGGCGAAUAUUCAUAUGCCCGUGAUUAUUCAGAUGUUUUCCGCGAGAUCGCGGACACUCUGCACGCGACUGGCCAGGACAGGGCUGCGUUGCGAUUCUACGAACCUUUGUUGCGGAUCAACAAAGACGAGUUCAAUAUGAAGAGCUUCAUAGGACUCUAUACGUGCUACAAGAACCUCAAAGACACAGAGAACGCCGAACUCAUCAUCGACAUUCUGAAAGAGUGGAAUGCAGCAACACUUGAUGACCUCGCCAUCCUCGCAAAAUUCUUUGAGGAUAUCGGGAUGAAAGAUGAAGCCAGGCAGCGUGCAGAAACGCUCUAUAGGAACAAAGGUGCAUGGCUACUACGUAAAUUGGGUUAUGAAGGAUACACUGACUUGCUUGAUCACUUCAGGCAGGUGAGGAAACAAGCGCGGGGGAAAGGCAAUGUUAAGAAAAACAAAGUACGAAGAUACAGAAAGAAAGUCAGAGCUGCUACUGGUAUUGAACAUGAUUCGGACAACGAAAGCGCGACGCAAGAACGACCCAAACCAGGUCCGCUGAACAAGAGACCAGCGAAAGGACGUGGUCUGUACAGGAAAAAACAUCGACCGCUGGCAUCUCAGCCCACAGUCUUUCUACCCGUACAGGAAGAUGGGACCAAUGCUUCGGGACCCUCGGCAGGAUCUGUGACAUUAGAAGGGACUGAAGUUCCUGUCGAGAGCCAUGCUAUACGCAGCCUUUUCCGCGAAAGACUCCAGAAAUUGGAAACUGAUAACGCGGACGAUCUGAAAGCAAAACGCGCCCAGCAUCGGGAGAUAAUCAGCAGCUUCAAGCGGCUGCAUGACUUGCAUGAGCCUGCAGAUGCUGGUGACGAGGAUGCUGCAUCAGAAUACAUAUCUGUAGCUCGAGAACUUAUCGAGGAAUUCUCAACUUUCGAACUCUUCUAUUUCGACAGGCGUCUAGAGUUUAACGGCUACUUCAGACGUAUAGGGAACGGAGAACUUUGGAAGGAAUCGUCACUCAUGAUUCUUGCUGUGGAAGCAAAUAGGGUAGAAGAUGGCGGAGAAAAGAGGGAUUUGGAGGAAAGGCCAGACGUUGUCGAGCGCACUUUCUGGGGUGUUGACUUCAGUAAAUGGGUGGAGAUUUUUGGUCGUUAUGCGCUCUAUCUUGCACGCCGAUACGAGGUGGAUCGUUGCUUCAGUGCGCUCGACAUUGCUGUGCAGUCCAACAUCGUCUUCCGCUCUGCGACCUUUUCACAUGAACUUGAGUUGUGUCGGCUGGCAUGUGCACUUGCUGUAGACGACUCGGUGCAAAUAUCCUCCGCUGUUCGCGCGUUCAUGAGGAGGUUUCCCUUCGGAGCGGAUAUCAUCCGUCUCUACAGCGUCGCCAACCGCCUAUGCCCUGUGUCGGAUGCGUAUGCGCAUGGUGCUGCGCACAAAGCCUUCCUGCGAUAUAUCAAGACGAUUGAUUAUGCCAUGCUGAAGCCUGAGCAGCGCGGGCGGUUUAACUUCCAGGGGAACGACAGAGCCCCUUGGAUGCAAGGGGUGCUCACACAGCAAAUUCUAGGCAAAGUCAAGGACCACGACCCAUCACUCUUCGCAUUAUACGGCCAUGUUCUUAUGUGCAGUGGAUCUUACAAAGGAGCCUUGAAUUACUACUUCCGUGCUCUCGCCAUCGUUCCUGACGACCCCGUGCUCAAUCUGUGCAUAGGCAUUUCCUACAUUCAACACGCUGUGAAGCGGCAGGCCGAGAACCGGCAGUUCCAAAUACAACAGGGCAUGUCAUUCAUGACUCGGUAUCAUGCCCUGAGGACUAAGGACAAUGUAGCCAUCCACUGCUCGGAAGCAGAAUUCAACAUGGGGAGAAUGUGGCACGGUUUGGGCCUCGUCACUCAUGCGCUCAAAGCGUACAGACGCUGCAUCGCGCUACAAGACCGCGUCAUGCAGGAAGCAGCUGAUCGAUGCAGCGACGAAAACCAGGGCAUAGAGGACUUCGCUACAGAGGCUGCUUAUGCAAUGCAAACCAUCUACGUAAUAAGUGGCGAUUUUGAGGCGGCACGCGAGAUUACUGCUACAGCGCUUGUCAUUGAGAUCUGUACCCCGAGACUACAUGUUUCAGAUCUCGUGAGACACCUCUUGUGCACAAUGUCCCUCUUUCCCGUCCGUACACGUAAAACACGGGUGUGUAACUGUAAAAAUGCCCGACAGUCGUACAAGAACAAGAAAAACUUGGGUUUGUCACACACAUGAAAAGCCCGUACACCGGGCGGUAGGUAACACCCUAUUGUGUAUGCAUGUAUGCCCAGCUGCCGACUAAAUGCUUUUUUUUUGUC